GCAGGACUGGCUAGCUUGUGCUUAGGGCUGCUACCGAUAUUCAGCGGCCAUGCAGUACAUGCUGCGGACUCGUCAUACCUGGGCGGUGGUGGAGGUAGCGGUGGCAGCCUGCAGGGCCGCGUGGCGGAGCUCCGCAUGUUCCAGAGUAUGUUCGGCAGCCGGAGCAGCCCCACGCAGCAGCUCGCAGCGGACGUGCAGGCGGUGCAGGGGGUGGUGCAGCGGGCGGAGCUGCUGCUGCGGGCGGGGGACGCAGAUGGCGCGCGGGCGCUGCUGUCGCAGCAGGGGCGCGAGGUGGGCAAGCUCGCGUAUGGCCUAGGCUACGGCACGGAGGCCUACCGACUGCUACCAACGGAGACAGGCAGGCAGGUGCUGAGCAAGCUGGAGGCUGCGCGUGCGGCACUGGCUGCAGCGGGCGCUGUGGCGGCAGCCGGUGAAACACAGGCACCAGAUGCAGCUGGCAGUGGCGGCAAUGGUGGUGAAGGGGGCAGAAGCGGCAUGGCCGCCAUGACUGCUGAGGGAGUUGGCAGCGUGGCGCGCAAUGAUGGAGCUGCUGAUGUUGCAACAGCGCGGUUGAGGGAUUUAGGGGCUCUGCUGAAGGCCGUGGCAGACUAUCUUGAAGCUGCAGGUGACUAGGAUGCCAGAUGCCGUCGUGUGGGCUGUGCAUGCGGCAGUGGGGCAACCACCAUGCAAUGAAGCAGACUCAACUCGGGCUAACGUUCGGCGCCACUUGAUCGGCCGACUGUGUCGUAUUUGUUCUUGCACUAAAGUUUUUAUGGGGUCACUUUAGACGGCUGCAUCCCCUUGCUCCUUGACAGUUUUAACGUUCCGUUGUGGCUUGUCUUCAGUCCUUCACGUCGC